CGCGGCUGCAAAACCGUGCCAGUGCCAGCCUUGAUCAAUUGAUGCGUCCAGCCUCGAGCUUCGCAAAAAGAACACCCAUCACCACAUCGCCCAGCUGGCCCUGCCAUUGACUCGCCAGCGCAACAAGGACGAGCCAAGAUGCUUUGUGCCAUCUCGGGUGAGGCUCCCGAGGAGCCUGUCGUGUCCAAGAAGACCGGCACUGUUUUUGAGAAGCGGCUGAUUGAGAAGUACAUCGAGGAGAACGGGAAGGAUCCCAUCACCGGCGACGAGCUCGACCCUGAAGACCUGCUGCCCAUCCAGUCCGCCCGCGUCGUGCGGCCCAGGGCCCCGAACCUGACCUCCAUCCCCGCCCUCCUGUCCACCUUCCAGAACGAGUGGGAUGCCCUCGCCCUCGAGACCUUCAAGCUGAAGCAGCAGCUGUCACAAACCCGCGACGAGCUCGCAAACGCCCUCUACCAGCACGAUGCCGCCGUCCGCGUCAUCGCCCGCCUCACCAGGGAGCGUGAUGAGGCCAGGGCUGCCCUCUCCAGGGUGACCGUGUCGGCAGGCUCCGCCUCCGGCCCCGGCGCCAACGGCGACGCUAUGGCCGUGGACAACGAGACACUCCCCGAGGAGCUGGCCGCGCAUGUGGACGAGACCCAAGCCAAGUUAUCCAAAAGCCGCAAGAAGAGGCCGGUGCCCAGCGGGUGGGCCAGCUCCGACGAGAUUGCGACCUUUGCGCCGCGCCUAUCCGAGUCGCUGCCGGCCCCGCAGGCAUCGUCCAUCGGGCUUGAGGCAGGCUACGCGGCCGUGGGGGGGCUCAAGGGAGACGUGGCCAUCUUCUCAACCACGGCAGGCACGCUGGAGCGGUCGCUCAAGGUGGACGAGCCCGUGACGGACACGCUGUGGAGCGGGUCCAGGGUCAUGCUGGCCACGGCCAAGGGGUCGGUCAAGGUGUACGACAAGGGCAGCGAGGUGGCGUCGUUCUCGGAGCACGCGGGGGCGGCGACGGCGCUGUCGCUGCACCCGGGCGGCAACAUCCUGGCGUCGGUGGGCACGGACAAGAGCUUCGUGCUGUAUGACCUGUCGGGGCUGCGGCGGGUGAGCCGGGUGUACACGGACGCGGCGCUGACGAGGUGCGCGUUCCACCCGGACGGGCACCUGUUCGCGGCGGGAACAAGCACGGGGGAGAUCAAGAUGCUGCUCACCAAGACAGGCGAGGAGGCGGCGACGUUCUCGCUGGGGGCGCCGGUGGAGGGCCUCGCGUUCUCGGAGAACGGGUACUGGAUCGCGGCGACGGCCAAGGGCCAGACGACGGUGACGGUGUUUGACCUGCGCAAGGAGGGUGCGGCGGCGACGGCCAAGGUGCUGGACGUGGGCAGCUCGGUGCAGAGGCUGGCGUGGGACUACACGGGGCAGUUCCUCGCGACGGCAGGGCCGUCCGGGGUCACGGUGCAGCAGUACUCCAAGGGCAGCAAGAAAUGGAGCGAGCUGCUGCAGAGCGCGACGCCGGCGGUGGGGCUGGGCUGGGGCGAGCAGGCCAAGACGCUGGUGACGGUGAACGUGGACGGCGUCAUCUCAGUCAUGAGGGCUCCCGACGAGGAGGCGUAGGAAGGAUGAUUGAUUCUCGGCGCACAGGCGAGGCGACAGUGACAGGAGCCUGGACAGACCAAGGAGAGGAGGGGCUGCUAAUAGGGCCGGAACACACUGUAUAUCAUCAAAAAGAAAGGAGGAGGAGGGAGGGCCCCCCACCCUGGUUGACAAUGAUACUUGGACUGGAUGGGUGGUAUAGGGUCUUUAGAUACGGUAUCAGAACACGAGAGCUCGGCACACUGCUUAUGGGAGCUAUACGGAGGUUUUGAUUUGCAUUAUGGAGAUGUUCACAAUGGUGGCAGAUAUAUGGUUGUUCGGCCACGACAAUGAGAUUGCCGCUCGGUCUGCCUGGCAGGAGGCGUAGGUGUUUAGGUACCUAGGUACUCCGUACAUCCACAUCCAGCCGUUGGACUAACAAUAUGUGGGUAUACAGGUAUCUAGGUACUUAGGUACUUAGGUACCCACGUGCCUGGGUAUACCUCCAUAUGUAUAUGAAUGUGCAAUAAGCAGGGCAUUACACAGUACGGUGAAACAGGAAAGGCAGGUGUGCCGAAUGUCAUAAAUGAUUGAUGAGAAUAGCUGAUCAAACG